CCAAUGUUAAGAUGUUUAGAGAAGUAAAAUUUGUGGCGUUAGCCCUCUUCCACACUUUCUUGCUUGCAAUUUGUGCUGCUAAUGGAAACCAGACUUGCAGACCCUCUUCUUGUGGAGAGAUUCAAAACAUCAGCAACCCUUUCCGAUUGAAAGGUGAUCCAUCUGGGUGUGGUGAUCCUGACUAUGAAUUGGUCUGCGAAAACAAUCGUACUAUGGUAAACGUCCGGGAGGGUGAGAAAUACUAUGUUGCUGAUAUCAACUACGAUCACUAUACCAUUCGGGUAGUGGAUCCUGGGGUCGAAAAGGGCAACUGUCUCUCAACUCCUCUCUAUUUCUUGACAAGAGAAAUCUCCAUUAAUGAUUACGGUACAUAUUAUUUGGAGUGGAAGGGAAUGACCAGUACAGCAGUUUUAAUGAAUUGCGACCAGCCAAUAAGUGACGGCAGCUACAUUCCUAUCACUCCUUGCAAUGCGACUUCAUCUUCCUCACAAGCAUAUGUUUAUGCACUAGUCGGAGGCGAGUCCAUGGAAGUGGGAGAUAUUAAGUAUUCAUGCACCAUCAGCAGGACUAUUAUUACUCAAUUCUUGAAGCCCGGCAAUCUUUCAAUGUCAGAUUUGCAAGAAGUGCUGCUUCUGGGGCUUGAUCUUUCAUUUUUUUGAGCUUCCGCUGCAAAAGCGAAUGCGAGGUGAAAGGGCUAUACUGCAAGCGGAAUUAUAGCAAUUAUACCGUACAGUGCACCAAAUCUCGGAACUUUCUGACAUGGUUCUUUCUCUAUAUCAGUGAGACUUUGGGAGUUUACUUUUAUUAUCUUUCAU